AGGCUCCGUGUGUCUUGCUUCGAGCCAGCUGGAGUGGACACAGUCAGCAGGACAGCCAUGACUCUUCCGGUCUCCACCGGGGCUGCCGGGCAUUGACCGCAGCCGGAGGCUGGACUGUGGACCCUCAGUGGCUGAGGGUCCUGGGCUGGAACUGUGGUCCUGGGGCGGGCUGGGAGGCAGGUGUCGGGAGGAGGGGUGUGGGCUUGCUAAGUAAACACCCUCGGUGUUCCGAGCACCGCGGGCGGUUCCUUCCCGAGGCUGGUGUGUCAGCCGCCAGGUCUGUGAGCUGUUGGUGCGAACGCUCCCCUCCAGCGGGAAAGGCCUAGGCCUUGGCCUCCUGCUCACCCUGUGCGCCUGGAGGCCCCGCCCUCCAAACAGCAGAGAGCUCCUGACCCUGUAAACUCUUCAUUCUGGCGAUUUCUCUGGGCCGUCCGCAGGGACUGGCAGAGGGGUGUGGGAAUUGGGUUAUCGGUCUCUUGACUUUAUAGGUUGCUCUGGAAAGAGCUCUUGUUACUUGCUAAGCCGGGCUUGGCUCUCCCUUGCAAAGGAUUCAGCCCCUCCUGUGCUAGCCUCGCCCAGCCCCUCCUUCCCUCUCCUGGGAGGAGGAAGAAAGGAGGCCACCCAGCUGCCCGUCUGUGUGGGUGUCGCUUUGUUCCCACCACCACCAAGCCUCCCUAUAUAGCUCAGGCUAUCUCUGGGCUCUUAGGCCUGCCGCCUCAGCCUCCCAAAGGCUAACAUUCCAGGUGUGUGCCCCAAGCCAGGCCGCCCCUCCCUUUUCUUUCUGCUGCUGCUGUUUUUGAGGCAGGAUCCAUCUCACUGUGUAGCCCAGGCUGGCCUCAGACUCGGUAUGACCAGGUAUGGCUGAGUUUCUGGUGUGCCACCACACAGUUGUGGGGAUUGAGCCCUGGCUUCAUGCACGCAGGGCCAGCAUUCCAACCAGAAGUCUGGGCUCUGGCCCUUCCCUUUCACCCCAUUCUGCCUGAAGCCAGGAGCACGGCAACUGCAGCCCCACAGAACACUGGCUCCAAAUCACUUUCGUUUUAAAGAGCCCUAAAGUGAGGUCCUUUCUCUUGUGUGCCGGUCACACUGCUGCGUCCCGGGGACUUUGCUGUUGCCUGCCUGCUGCCCGGGCCCAGGUCCUCCUAGCGGCCAUCCCUCUCUGGUCCUGCCGACAGGGACCCUGGCCAGUCUUCUGGCCAGUGCUGGCUGGCCAGGCUGAGAAUCUGUCCAGGGCUCUCAAACAUUCCCCGGCUGAGCCUGGGGCUGAAGACACUGUCCCAGCAAGGAGGGCCUCAGGAGCCCUCCUCACCCAGCCCCUCUCCAGACCAGUGGCAGAAAUGGCAGAAACAUUCCCUAGUCUGCAGAAGCUUGAACGGGUGAACGUGUUUCCCGGCCUGUUUUUCUCCCUGAGUAUCACCUGACCACAGAUCUAAACAGGCAUGUGCGUACGCUCACACACAGGCUGGAGCAACACACUUGGCUCUCACACUUCUGGCCAGGUCCUUCUGUCUGCACAGGCCCUGGCCAUGCUCUGCAGGUGACAGCGCUCAGCCUCGGGCCUGGCUGUCUCUGGCAGCUUCUGGGGGUGACAAAGCCAGAGCUGAGUUUCUGGAAUCUUCUCUCCCUGGGAGCCACAGGGUGGGGCCGUCGGGGGAGUGUAUCACAGAGCUUGGUUGUCUCCCGCUUUCCCCCAACACAUGCACCCGCACACGCACACCCUGUCUCGGGACCACCAGGAGCCCCACUCUGGAUUCCUACUCCUGCUAACAAAAUUCUUCCUAGAGAAGUGUGCCCCAACCAAACCAGUGAAGCCUCGAAUGUGCUACUUCCUGGACUGCUGGGGUUUGGAAAGACUGUAAAAUAUCAUGCUCAGGUAUCGGGGAGAGCAGAGCUGUUGCUAUGGUAACUGAGGUAAGCCAGGCUCUUCCUGGUAGGCGGCAGAGCCAGCCACACCCCACCUUGGCCGCUUCCUCUUUGUCUGUUACCCAGCUCUCCAGGGCUGAGUGACAGCCGUGUUGGGAGCUCUGGACAGGUGAUAGCAGAGGUGAUUUCACAGGACAGAUGUUUGCAAGAUGACCAGGUUCGGGGAAACAGGAAGGAGAUAGGAUAGGAAGAGGGCCUUCCUGGAGAGCUUGAGAUCCGUCCCGAGGGGCUAAGGCUCGGCUUCCCCUGAGGAGUCUUGCUCGCCAUUGCACACUCCAGGCCAGCAGGCCGGCGAGCUUCUGGAGGUCCUGCCUCUCUACUGCUCCCCUCACGUGGGUGUUCUGAGCCACCGCCAUGUGCAUCCAGCACAUCCAGCCUUCCGUGCACGCAGAGGACUCUGGUCCCCAACUGAUUCCAUUCUCCUCGGGGGCCUCUUCCAGAGCUUAGCAACUAAAGGAGAGUCCCCUCAGCCCUGGGCGGGGCAGGCUGGCUGGGAGGCACCCGGGCCUGUCUCGGGCUCUAGACCCCAUGCCUGUGGUGCCUGGUGGUAUUGGGUUCCUGCUCAGUGCGGCAUUUGAAUAGGGACUCAAAGACGUCCAGCUCAAGCUGGGCGGGCUGUGGUGCUGAAGGCCUGUAAUCCCAGCAUUGGGAGGCAGCAGCAGGCAGAUCUCAGAGCCAGCCUGGUCUACAAAGCCAUGAAGAAACCCUGACUUGAGGAGGAUGGGGAAAGACUAGCUUCAUGACUGCGAGUGAUCUCUCCAGAUCGCAAAUGGGCCAUCGGCCUCUGUGCAGGCUGAGCCUGCUUCUCCUUUCCUGUUAGAUGGUCCCUUACCCGAGGGGCCCUCCCCACCACCGUCCCGUGGCUUGGCCUUCUCUGUGCUGUCAGCUUUCCCCGUGUGGAUUUCCACACAGCACGGGGGGAUCACUGGAUCUGCCAACCAAGCUUUGUCUGACAGAACGCACUGGGCGGCUUCCGACCCCUUGAGCACCCGAGGGGCUGGGGAGACCAGAUGGCUGAGAGUGACCCUCGGAGUCGACAUUAAAAGGGGGCCCCGAGGCGUGCUCAGAAGGCACAGGCGGGCGGCUCUGAGUUUAGGACAGCCAGGUCUACGCAGAGAAACCCCUGCCUUCGAAAGCAAAACAACAGCAAAGGUGGAAGGAGAACCAGCUUCCGGUGUCCUCUGACCCCCACGCGCAGGCAGCCUGCACAGAGCACUUGAUAAAGAUUUUCAGAGCCGGGCGUUGGAGGGCGAACAGUAGUCCCAGCGCAGGGGAAGUAGAGUCAGAUGCCUGGGGCUUGCUGGCCAGCGAACCCGACCUACUGGACAGGUUCCAAGCCAGUGAGCCCGUCUCCAAAACAAGGGGAAGGCUCCUGAGGAAUGAAUCCAGAGGUUGACGGGCCAGCGAGCACACUCCGGGCGUGUGACUCACGGCCCCACCCUCCAAACCCCUCAGGAAGGUAAGGGUCAGCGGGACAUCUGCCGCAGGACCCGGUGGCCCCAGCCACCGCGCGUGUGGCUGGUGCCGUGGCUCUCUUACGAAGGUGACCACCUCUUCCGUGUGGGCCAUCUGGUGGGUACGGUUGGUGACCAGGGGCCAGCCUACCCGCUUCCCUGGCCCGGGCUCGCUGAGGACCGGUCAGCUCGGUCCAGCGCUCCGUAGCCGCGUUCCCUGGCUAACUCAGAAACUGAGGCAGGAGCAUCACCUCUGGGCGGGAAGGAGAGGCCGGGCCUCCCGCAGGCCCGUCAGGCGCGUCCCGCCGCGCGCCGGCCAGUUUUCCGGCUGUCCAGUGCCCCGGGCUGCCCCGGCGACACUCCUCCACCCCCAGGUCCCGCCAGCUGAUUGGCGGAGACGCCCCCUCGCUCCCCGCCCCCCGGGAAGUUCGGUCCCGGCGGCGCGGGACCCAGCUCCGGCCUCCGGAUCGCGGACGGGAGGGUUAACCUGGAAGGGGUGGGGGCGCCAGCCGGGGGGCUCCCUCACACCUAGGGGUCCCCGGUCGCCGCUGGGACACAGCACCCUGGCGUCUGGGGAGGGCGCGGGGCGGCUAGGCUGGACCCCAGGCGCACCCGUCCCGACGCGCCCGAGCCGCCCAGCCCCUCCGCGGACGCCCCCUGCCUGCGGCCGGGCAUGGCGGCCGCCGGUUCGGGCCCCGCGGCCCCGCCGCUGCCGGGGCCCUGCCCGCCCGACGUGCGGCUCUGCGGCCACCUGCGGAAGCAGAAGUCGCAGCGCCGCCGCUUCUUCGUGCUGCGCGCCGACCCGCCGCGCCUGGAGUGCUACGAGAGCGAGAAGAAGUUCCUGGCCGGCGGCUGCCGCCCCCCGCGGCCCCGCCGCACCGUCAGCCUGGAGGGGGCCUGCACCAUCAGCAAGCGCGCCGACGCCCGCCAGCGCCACCUGAUCGUGCUGUACACCAGCGACAGCAGCCUGGGCGUGGCAGCGGCCAGCGAGGCGGAGCAGCAGGCCUGGUACAGCGCCCUGCUGGAGGUGCGCGCCGCCGCCGCUGCUGCCGCUGCCGCCGCGAUGGGUUUCAGUCCUCAAGAGGCCUCUGCGUCUUGGAUCUUCGCCCCAUUCCAGGACGUGUGGCCUGUGACGCUGCGGUCCAAGGGCCUGGGGCGCACGCGGGGCCUGAGCAGCGGCAGCUACCGCCUGUGCCUGGGCUCCGGGGCCCUGAGCCUCCUGCGGAAGCCGGGGAGCAGGGCCUCCAGGGACAACCGGGUGUCGCCGCCGCCGGCGCUGCGCCUGUCGCUGCUCAGCGUGCGCCGCUGCGGCCACGCGGACUCCUUCUUCUUCCUGGAGCUCGGCCGCUGCGCGCCCACCGGGCCCGGGGAGCUGUGGCUGCAGGCGCCCGACGCCGUGGUGGCGCAGAGCAUCCACGAGACCGUGCUGGCCGCCAUGAAGCGGCUGGGCAGCGGCGCGGCGGGCGGCCAGGCCGGGCCCCCGCCGGAGCAGCCCCCCGGCGCGCCCGCCGCCCCGGCCCCGUACGAGACCCCGGCCUCCGCGCUGGCCGCCCCGGCGCGGGCCCCGGCCGAGGGGGCGGGGCCGCACUGCCUCGGGGCCGCGCCCUCCCGCGGGGCGCCCGGCGCCGACUACCUCGCCAUGGGGGUCCGGGACGACUACGUGCACAUGGGGGCGGAGGCCGGCGACUACAUGUGGAUGGCGCCUCCGGGCCCCGCUCCGCCCCGCCAGGACGCUGACAGCGCCGAGUACGUGCCCAUGAGCAGGCUCCUCCCGGGGCCCUUCCGCUGCGAGCUCGGGGCCGAGCGCGGGCGCCGCGGGGCGCGCCGCAGCCUCCGGGACAGGCCCGCCGAGCUCGCGGACUACAUGUUCAUCCCGGACUGCGCGGGGAGUGGCGCUCCUCCGGGGCCUCUGGACAGCUGCCUCAACUACGUGGACCUGGACCUCGUCCCGCCCCUGGAGGUGCCCGGGGCAGCCCCCGGGAGCAGCGCGCACAGCUACGCCAGCAUCAAGUUCUAGAGGGAAGGGCUCCUGCUGUCCCAGCUGCCGCAGCCGCCUGAGGCCACCGGCCGUGGGCCGCUCGGCCGCCCUCUUGCCUCUCUGGGCCUUCCCAACAAACACUCAGGAAGUUCUCUCAAGAUUUUUUUCCCUCUCUUUUGAAAGUACACAGCCUCUCUCUGCCCCAUCCUCCAAAAUAAAACCCCAAACCUUGCAAAGUUUUGGGCCUUCUCAGCUGGAUUCCUACAGAAUCGGCCUCAAGCUAGCUGUGGCCUGACCAUGAAGACCCAGCCCAGUUUGGACGGCUCUCUGUCCCCUAAGGUUGGCAGCUAGAGGCCAUCGUGUCUGUUCUGCCAGCCUUUCCAAGCCACAGUGGAACUCCUAAGGUUCCAAAGCAACGGGAGGAGCAUCAGGGAUGCUGAUGAGCUGCUUGGACCCGCCCUCUCCGGAGGCCCCAGCUGCCUGACCCUUCUCUGGGCCUGGCAGGGCUGGCCAAGCCCUUGCUUUCCUAGAGCGCGGCCCAGACCCACACGGCGGACCCAACCCAUUAAAGGCGCUCUCCACCGCA